AUGGGGCGCCGAUACACGGCGAGCGGUAACUCGACCUCGUCCCUACCGGACGGUGACCUCAAGCCGACCGGUGGCGGUGGUUCCGGCGUACCGGCCAACCCGCAGGACAUUGCACCGAUCGCUGAGGACGAGGCGCCGCCGAGGACGACACUAGAUGCUACGCCAGUCCAUGCCGGAUCGACCGGCCAUGCCGGAUCCCAACAGCACCUGGUAGUGGGGCCACCGCCACCACCGCCCUCGGUCGCCGCUGCCGCAGCCGCUGCCACCGGUCUGUACACCGUUGCCGGCAGCGACUUCGUAUCGUUGUAGUUCCGUGCGUACGCGCAUUCCGACCAACGUCAGCCAUCAUCAGUGGUGAUCUCACACUUCACAGGCCACCAACAUUAACGGCUACUUCCGCAAGCCUCUCCUCCCCCCCCCCCCCACCCACCUCUCUCCCUGUCCGCUCCUGCUCUACAACCUACCUAUUUGGAACCCGUUUGCUUAGAUUUAGACCGCUCCGCAGCCCGGUGCAGGACCGCGGUAGAUUGGAAUCCAUGGCCGUUCCAGAACUCCCGCACCAAGUACAAACCCCUAAGGCCCUCGCCCUCGUCCCUUUUCCCUUCUCCACACAGAGACUAGCACACACAGACUCCCCUACUUUGCUCCACCCGUUGCAGGAACCCACCAACCCACAGCGUCCCACCCUUCAAUUUCUCGUUACGAUGCCGAUGUAAGGGCUGAUGUACAUUUGAUGCAAUCAAUCAAGAAGCAAGAUCAGUAGGCGGUAGGAGCAGUUCCGAGUGGGCCCCAUACUGACACACACACACACAUACACGCUCGUACGCACGCACGCACGCACGCACGCACGCGGAUACACGCACAGAUUGGCAUGCAGGUCAGGGUCAGGGCACACGAAUAGAGCCUUCGAAGGAGUCCCAGGUCUGACAGUGCGGCUGCUGCUGCUGCUGGUGGUGGUGCUGCUGCGGCGGCGCUGUUUGCUUCCCUAGUAUCGUAUUUUCCAUUUUCAUCGCUUGUAGUUUAGUUUGUGCCUCACUACAGCCCUGCUCCUUUCCCCUCUCGCCCUCGCACCGGCGGGUGUUUAAGGGAGGUUGAGUUCGGCCGUAUGUGGCUCUGUUCGUAGGGCUUCUUUCAAGAAUUACAUGUAGCACAAGCAAAAGGAGCAAAAAAAGCGAAGGAGGAGUAUGAUAGGGAGCAGAUGAGGGAUCGGACGUAGAAGGGGGAAUACCGUGUCCGUUGGCCGGUUCUAGCAACAAUUCCAAAACACAAUAAUGGGCCAAUACUACUGACUAACUUUUUCCAUAGGACAGGCAAAGGGAGAAAGAAAGAAAGAAGGAAAGAAAGAGAGAGAAAGAGAGAAAGACAGAAAGAGUGAGCGUGAACCCAAACACACAGAACGAGUCACGUCGUUCGUCCAGCAGUAGUAAUCAAGUGGUCCGCCAUAUUUGUUUGCGUUUCCCUUUUAGGCAGUUGUGUGAUCCGGUUCAUGGUCGUCGCCAAAAUUGUACCAUUUGGCCCGGCAGGUUUAGCAGGGCUCUAUGCUGCCCCAGUGAUGUUGCGAUUCGUUUCCGAUUGCUUCCGAAACCCUGUUCAACCUUGUACAUACUUGCGGUGUCCCCCGUGCAGAACCCACGUGUUGAUUGAAAAACGCAAAUGAAGGAGGAGGAAGGAUGAUGAGAAGGGAUGGUGUACCCACUAUGGAUUCGCACGCCAACUCCAACCAAAUAGCCGGUACACAACAGGCAGCCCCAUCUGUAGAAACACCUCUAUCAAGUACAUCCGGCCAGGCUCGCGCAAACACACACACACACGCGCGCACAUAACUAGUGUUACACGGGAAUGUUGCUUCCUAGUAGGGUUAAAGCAGACGCGUGUGUGUGUGUGUGUGUGUAUGAGUGGGUUAGUGUGUAUCCUUCCAGCGUAGGAGCACGGCCUUGGGUACGAUCUUUGGAGUAACCGAAUCAGUCCGACGCGGAGACAGACGAAGUACGAUCGUGUGCUGGACUGACGGAACCAUUUCGACGGGCAAACACUCUGUAUAUUAUAAUACGCAAUCUAUAAUUAGCAGCAAACGAUGAGUUACGAAGAGUCACUAAACAAUUACAGAGAAAAAGGUUCCUUAGUCUAAGUUGAUGCAUUAAGCGUUCUAGCAUUAUGGGAUUAGAUCAUUAGAUGUACAUGAGUGGGUCAAUGAAAUACAUAUGGACACAUACAUACACACACAGACAUACACACACUCACUCACCCGUACUAUAGGCCAAGCGGGAGUUGGCCUAACAGCUCCACAGCACUGUUUUAUGCGUAAAGUCGCCUAUACACGUUCAAUAUUAUUGGUCAAUUUUAUGGGCACCAUAUUUGAAUGCUAAAUUCGCCAAUAAAUGGUUAAAAAGUUGACGCAGCCCAUGUUGUGUGCAAAUAUUGAGUAGUAGUACUGAGCAUGUAUGGGCCUCUUAAGACGAAUCCACGCAUGAUAAAACACACAAACACACACACACACAGUAGCAGAAGGAGAGUCAAGAGAGAGGGUAAAAGAGGAAAGGAAAAAGUAAAACAAAAAAAGAAGAAAAAAACCAAUCAAACCUAGUUAGUGAACCAAUGAAACAAUUGUAGCGUAAUACCAAUGCGUAUUAGUAUGUGCGUAAAGGGGAGGAGCGGGGUACAAGUUUUCCGGACAAUUUCCAUCAAAGCUAAGAGGAAACAAAACCGAAAGUAGUCGGCAUGAAAAACAGAUCCUGUUACCCAAAACGACUGCCCCCUCCCCCCCCUCCAUCCCUCCCUCCUCAACCCUCAUCCAAGCUCCUGGCCAUUGCUGAUCGUUCCCAUCACAACUGUUACCUGUGUUCCUCCAUCUUUCUCUUCCUCUCUAAUUCUUUCUCUCCUUCUCUCUCCUCUCUCUCUCUCCUUCUCUCUUUCCCCCUCUUCUCUCUCCUCUCUUUCUAUCUCUCUCUCUUUCUCUGCAGAGAAUAUAUCAUUUCCAAGUGACGGCUAGUCAGCAGUUGUGUGAAUGUGUUGUGUUUUUUCGCUGCUCCUUUUAGCAAUUGUUUAGGCAACGACAUAAGCACUACCCAUAUUACAGCGAAUACUAUACUUUCUUAGCAAAACAAAUAAAGCAGCAUGCGUCCGAGGGCAUCAUCCCGGGUGUCCCAU